AUGUCGAGAAACCCUAACAACAGCAUGCUUCCUGAUGAUGAGAACCAGAAUCAGACCGGAAAUCAGGGUCAAAACCCAGGCCAAUAUCCCAAUCAGUAUUCGAUACAUGGAAAUUCGUGGGAUCCAAGCUUGAGCAAUACAGCUCCCAAUGAGCCUGUUCAGGGUUCUAACGGACAGAACGCUGGCUUGAACCCUGGGGGGCAACAACCUCCGAUGCCCCAAGUACAGCAUGCGAACCAGCCGAACCCUUCUCAGCCGGAGGACUUGAACUGUGAGACGCGAGAUAUACCUAAGAUAUCCCACGGUAUUCUAGACGAGAUAUUCAAGCGCCCUGCUCCUAAUCCUCAGGCACAGGCACAGGCUUGUGAUUCGGCUCUGUGUCGGCUUCGGCAUCUGCUACAGAGGUACACAGAUAAUGUGGCAAUGAUUCCAUCCGACAACGAUUCUUCUCUUGACGUUCCAAAUCUAUUUCCAAUUGAAGAUCCUGGCUCAACUGACCUUGACCCGAAUAAUACGGGGAACGUUGAUUAUACGCCUGCGGAACCUGCGCCUGUUGAAAGUCAACAUGAGCCUCAUUCCACUGCAGUUCAUCACAAUGUGGUCAACACUCCUCUUGCUCUUCCCUCUGCUCCAACUUUUCAGGCAUCAUUUGGUGGCCCCAGUCCCAAGAAGAGAGGUCGUGCGGCUUCCCCAGAUACCACGGUGCCCGCUCCGAAAAGGAUGAGAAAUCUUCAGCCGAGCACUUCUAGCGACGAAGGAGACAACGCCAAUAGUUCUGAAAUCCCCGGGCCCGCCCCAAACACAACAUCACCUUCAUCAAGGCAACUCCAGAGAACCAGGAAACGGAAAGCGGAUAUUGAUGAAGAGGAACACGAUGGUGAAAAUGAUCUUGUUUCGGAUCCCAGGCCGCAAAAGAAGCCCAGGGGAGAACCGGCUGCCUCCAAGACGAAGAGCAAUUAUCUCAAAGAUCUCAAGAAAGAAGAUCAUGAAAAGGUCGUUGCAGGGACAAUUUGCAUCUUUUGUCGUGAAAACCCGCAGAGCAAGGAAUGUAACUGGGAACAGGUCAGACAAAGCAACGGCCCCGAAGUAUAUGAUCUAGAAUGCACCAACUGCGCUGAUCACCGCUCUAAAAACAAGGAUAACCCAGAGCUGGCCGGCCAUAAGUGCCUGGUUCAAGGUCCUAAAACGCUGAUCCACUUCGAGCACAAAAGGUACGGCGUUGGCGAUCCUCAAGGGUAUGAGAAGACGGCUUGCGACGCAUGUGCCAGGAAGAAACAGGGAGGAAUAUGCGAUGUCGAUACGAUACUAGGCUACUAUUGCCUCAAUUGUCGAAGACAGGGGGAGUGCAAGGUUGACCUAUCUGAAACGAUGCCCCUGAGACGGCCAAAGAAGCUCACACGUCGACCGUGGUACCGACAUCCAUGCGAUCGUUGUUUCUUGCGUCACAAGAACGGUGACGUGAAGGGAGACGAUUGCUGCAGCUGGAUUAGAGACAGGGGAGAGUGGGAGGAAAGGCGAGCCUGCAAACAAUGUCAAAGAGAUGGGACAAUAUGUUUGGACCUUGGAGAGCUCAUGGACGGUUUUUCUUUCAAUGCAAAGAAUAUUCCCCAAAGCUGGAAGAUACGCCCCGAGUUCGAGGCGGACAAAGAGAAUACAAAGGGGGACAAAGAAAAAUGGCAUGAAUAUGCGGAAGUGCUGCCCAACACAACUUGGAGAAAGCCGUGUCAAGGAUGCAAGACAGCUGGGAAGAUUACUGACUGUCUGGUCAUGUGGCACCAGCCAUACAACGCGUGUGAGCGCUGUACGCAGCUUGGUAUCGACUGUAUGGUCGAGGAAGAAAAGGGUCGUUUUCGACAGCAUCCAAUCUUCGAUUUGAGCAGGGUUGGUUUCGGACAAUUCACCCCUUUCAAUGCCUGCACGCAAUGUGUCAGGCAUGGGUUGAACUGUGACCGACAAAGACCAUGUGAUAGUUGCAGACAUCGCAAAGCAAAAUGCGAUGCUUUCAAUUGGAAAAAGUUUGGAUGUAUUGACCGCCGCAAGUUAACCAACAGGCAAAACAAAGAGACCUAUAGUCCUGGUCCUUUGUACUACCUGGCCUUGGGAUAUGGCGCUGGAGGUGUCAACGAUCUCAAGGAUGGUCAAAAGCUCGAACACUGGAUUGGUCCUGCAGCUCCUAUGUACGGCCUGACCGACGCCAAGGGUGGUCCAGAGCAAUAUCGAUUCGUAGCCGCAUCUCAUCAACAUCAUCGCCCGCCUGAGGGCAUUGCCCUCCCUCCCAUUCCAUCGGGUGACAAGCAACUGAAGGACACAUCUGCCUCUGAGUUGCGCUGGUUGGUAGCUCGGUUUUGGCUCAAUCAACAACCCCAGGUUCCAAAGAACGAUCUCCAAGGGUACCAAAAAGUUUGGGAUCUCCUGCGCGACCAUCAGAAUCUCCAGAUGAAGACGGCCGGUAUGGAACACAACCUGCCACCGCCGAUAUCUGGCGUGCGCUGCUUCCAGGGAGGUCCUGUGCUCUCUGACAUUUGGGGAACGCAAGAUCCUAUGCUUCCGAGUGCUCUUGGAAAUGCGAAUGACACACAAUCGCAGGGGUUCUCACCAUCGCUGACAUACCAACCGUCAAAUCAAUAUGGAAACGGAUACAAUCCUCAACAAAAUGUAUCGGCACCACAAACGCAGCUACAUCAACCUUCAGCGGCACAACAACCACUUGACUUUACGUACUACCGGAAUGAGUCAGGCCAAGAUCCAGCAGCAUUCGGACAAGACGGAGGCUUUGAUCAACAGCAACUACAUACCCUCACACGGAAUUCACAGCUAGCUGAUCAGCCAAUGCAUGGUGGCCCCGACCAAGAGCCGUUUGACUAUACACAUGGGGAACUUCAAAUGGCACAAGGUCACGUUCCGCCAACUCCGCAAGGUUGGGGCAACUUGAAUCAAGAGCAACUAGAUUUCCAUUCACAAACGGGACUGCCUCAAGAUCAAACAGGUGACCAACAAAACAGUCAAUCGGGGGACACCGAAAACUGGUAUGAGAAGCUGGCUCCACUUGUGCGAGGAACCGCAGACGAUGAAAGUGGUGAACGUCCGCCCUAUGCUAACAGUGCCAUCCUGGCCAAGGACACCGAAAAUGACCAACAAGAGCCACACAGUGGUCCGCAGGCUCCAGAUCAGUCUCCAGAAGGAAGCAACGAAUCCCAGGAUGAGUUCUCAAGCUUGGUAGAUUGGGAAGGCGGGCAGACACAUAGGCGUUCCCAAGCGAGUCGCGGGGAGCGCUGGCUCAAGCCUCAAACCUCUAGAGGCAGCAAAAAGUCAUCCCAAGAGAGAACGGCUGGCGGAAGCCUGGUGCCCAAGAAGGCAAACGGUCGAGAUGCUUUCAAUCCUUUCCUUGGUUUCACAUUCGGUCCGGACCAGAAACCUCGGUUCACGGAGAAGCCAAAGGGCUCACGCUGGAAGGUCUUCAAUCAUCUCGAGGGUAUUGACAUGAGCGAAUGGCAUGAGUCAAAGUCUAAAGAGCCUGAAGAGGAGUCUCAGGUUCGCCUCUUUUCCAUUGUCAAUGGUCAAACAAACCAACCAACACCUGUGCGUAAUGUUCUUGGUGACGUGCCUCGCGAAGACAAGGUUAUAAGGACAAAGCGUUAUUGUGCUGAACCGGGAGAGGGCGGAUGGGGUUCAUGUGCCGCUUGGAACACUGAUGGGCAUGGUCAGGCUACUUGCCAGAGUUCUGCGCAUCGCAACACAGCCCUGCCAUACUUCCCCGUGUGCAAUGAUUGUACCCGGGGCAACGUCAAGUAUUUGUUCCAGCAUGAGCACAAUCCCAUAACUGAAAGCGAACUUCUCAGCAUGCGUGCUUAUCUCUGCAAUGAGUGUGCUGGUCAGAUGAGCGCCGGUGCUCCGAACGCGGUCCAGAAUCAAAUUGUCGGCACUAGACGGGUAUAUGGCAUUGCAGCUGAUGAAGCGCAGUCCCAAAACAGACGGAAACUGGUCAACGGCCUCUCGAAAGCCGCCAACCUCAAGAAGAGUACCGAGGCUCUGACAGGCUGUUCGUGUGCCAACAGAAUGCUAGGAACAUCGCUCUGCCGGUUCCAUAGGUUGUACUAUGCCGAAGAGGUUAUGAAACAAGCGGCAUUGAUGCAAGAAUGGCGGCUUUCGCGCUUCAAGAAGGCAGUAUGUCCCAGUUGCCUUGCGCAAAAACCCAGUGAGCAGGUCAAUGUUUCGGCCAACGUCGAUGGUUUUGUAACGGGCGCGCCGACGGCAUGGGCUUGUGUCGUUUGCAAUGACUGGGUUGUGAAUGAACAGAACGACGUGAACAACCAGCCAAAGGUGAUUGAUAAGCCGCUGUGGAAUCUAAAUAUUGGGCGCAAGCUUCUCGGUCCGCAUCGAGAGAUAGCCACCGGCAGGGUUCUGGGGGAAGUGGUGUCUGUCUAG